GUCAUAGUUAUCUAGCUCAUUUCAUUGAAAUCUUCUCAGGUAUGGAGCAUUCAGAGGAGCAAUGCUUCAAGUCAGCCUCCGAGUCAACUUCUAAAGGCUCCAAGUCAGCCUCUGAGCCAACUUCCAAAGGCUCCAAGUCAGAGUCUGCUUCCAAAGGCUCUAAGUCAGCUUCUGAGUCUGCUUCCAAAGGCUCCAAGUCGGCCUCUGAAAAAGAUUCUGCUACCUCCACUGAAUCCGAGGAACCUUUAUCGCAAAUUAAGAAGCUUUCUUCGAUAAUAGCAGAAGACGAAGACCUGGUAGACUUAAGCUUCUUGGACGAGAUGAGCACCCCGGAAGCUAGUGUUUCUUUUGUCCCUUUGCCGGCUGACGUCGAGAGAGCUAUUUCUUUAGUCAAGCAUGUCCUCGGCCAGCACAUUUCUAUUGUUACAGAUUCCCAGAAGGAAGAUUUCAUUUCCUCUCUCCAUGCUCUACGCCUUGUUCCUGACUCCGUCGUCACUGAUGAAGUAGAGAAAGAUAUUCUGGGCUCGCUCAACUUGUGGAGGUCUUGUGUUGAGAUCGAGUCAAAUGACCUCCCCAAGCUGAAAUCUUCAAAAGCAGAUAAUGCCAUGUAUUUAUCUUUGGGAUCUAAAAGGCAAGAAGUGGCCCAAAAACUCCAAGUUCUAGAAGCUAGUGGUGAGGCCUUUGAAAAGGAGAUUGAGCAACUGGAAACUGCUAUUCUAGCUUUAAAGAGUAAGCAACUUGAUCUUGUGGUGGAACGCAAGCUUCUAGCCGAGGAAUAUCAAGAAAUCAACUCCGAACUCCAGCCUCUUCAUACUACCAUUCAAGAGAAGACAAAUGACAUGGUUUCAUGGGUACAAAAUUGUGCUAAGGCUCAUCAAGACAAAGUUGUUUGCCAAUCGAGGUGGAGCAAGUUGCAAGGCCUUCUCUCAGAUUCUUCACCUACUCCAAUGUUGGCUUCCUCUACCUCCACCACCACCACAGCUCCUUGAUGAUUUUCUUUUAUUUUGUGUAUGAACUGUGUUAUGUAGUUUAGCUUUAGACUUGGUGACUUUUGUUGAACCAAAAGACUUUGCUUUUGGCUUUUGGAUUUUCUUUUUAUAUAGCAGGACACUUUUGCUCA